AUGCGCUGUCAACCAUGGCACCCCGUCGAUGAUGAUGACAACACCACAAUCGGGAGCUUUCAAAGAAUGAAGGACGAGGCAUUCUCUUUGUCUCGCCCCAGCAUUCCAUUGUGUAGGUAUUGGCAACUGAUUAAAACCCCGGCCAUGGAGCGAACCGCCAUCGCAGACACCAGGGAAUUCGUCCUCUGUUUCGACGGCACCGGAUAUAAGUUCCGAGGAGAUGACGCAGACAGUAAUGUCCUCAAGAUUUAUCGAAUGCUUGAUCGCAACGACGCUCGCCAAUUUCACUAUUACCAGCCGGGAUUCGGGACGUACACCACCUUAACUUGGCAGUCGCAUGACACAAACCAGAAUCGUCUCAAGAGAUGGAUCUCAAAUGCGAGAGACGCCGCCGCAGGCACGACCUUCGACGAUCACGUCAUGGACGCGUAUCGAUUCCUGAUGCGCUUCUACUGCCCCGGCGACAGGAUCUACCUCUUCGGCUUCAGCCGUGGCGCGUACGUUGCACGCAUGCUGGCCGAAAUGCUAGAUCAUAUCGGCAUGUUAGAGCCCGGCAACGAAGGGAAAGUCCACUAUGUCUGGUCAAUCUUCUCCAAAUGGGCGAAACGCAUCAACAGCGUCGACGCAGAACAGAAAGAAAAAGACGCCCUGUACGGAUUCAUGAAAGCGCUCCGCGAGACGUUCUGUCGCCCGGUGUCGCAGAUCCGAUUUCUGGGGCUGUUUGACACCGUCAACAGUAUCCCACGGUUCGAGGUGAAUCGCGAUAAGUUCAUGUUUCCCUAUACGGCCAAGACAUCGGCCAAAGUCAUUCGGCAUGCCGUCGCUAUCGACGAACAUCGGGCGAAGUUUCGACAGGAUUUGAUCUCCGAUGCCAAUCCAAAUGCUCUAUCGACGCAGCGCAAAUCCCGCGGCCAGCCGGCGCGACAGGGGCCUCUUCCGCAAGGGCGUUGCACAGGCGAGGCGUUCUAUCGGCCCGCUCCUCCGGUCCGUCCGCAAGAGGGUGGCCGUCUCGAGGAAGAUCACGAUACGCACCAGGACAUUGAGGAGGUGUGGUUCGCCGGAUGUCAUGCUGAUAUUGGUGGUGGAUUGAAGUUGGAUAAAGGUGAAGACCUGGCGCUGAGCCAUGUGCCAUUGGUAUGGAUGGUGCAUGAGGCGCAGCGUGCGGGACUGAAAUUUGAUCCUGAGAAAAUGAAGCUCUUCCGCUGCUUUGAAGAAUCAAUGAGUAAUGGUGGUCUUUCAACUGGCGACCCGGAAAAGGACAACCAACGGCAUGGGACAGAUGAGGAAUCCGAAUUUGAAACGGCGCUGUGGACAGCGUCGAUCCAUGGCCAUAUCCAUGACUUCCUACAAUAUGGCCAUGGUGAGCCAUGGCCUACCGUUUUAUCCUGGAAAGUCGUGGAGUAUCUUCCGUUCCGGAGGAUGGGCUUGCAACCUGAUGGAUCUUGGAAACCCACUCGAUGGCCUCUCCCUCUUGGGGAGAGACGGGAUGUUCCUAAGGACGCGAAGAUUCACGUAUCAGCCAUUCGACGCAUGAAGAUCAAUCCACAAUACAGGCCGAAAAAUCUGCUCAGAGAUGGAAAAGGGAAGAAUGGACCCCCUUUAGAGCAUGGAAUCGACACGUGGGAGGUGCACGCUCAUCCAGGCUGCCCAGUGCGAGAAACAUACCGCCGGAAGGUGAACGAAACCAGCAGCUAG